AUGGAGAUGAUCGGCGGCAUGGGAGACGUUGAACCACCGUCGCUGUCGACGCUUCCGGAUGAUUUGGUACUCAGGUGUGUCAGCUCCUUCACAAAAGCGGAUCUACGAUCUCUGUAUCGCACCUCGAGAAGAUUCAAGGAGCUCCUGCGGUCUGAUAGGGUCUAUCGAGUGAGAGUUCAGAGAAACAGGCUCGAAAACUUCGUCUACGUCUUCUCAGAUUCGAUAUCUGGUCCGAAAAUGCUUGCUCUUCGCCGCCGUGGAACAGAUCUGCUACGUUUUCAGGCUUCGCUGCGUUUUACUCCAAUCCCGAAUCUGCCUCUACCGAUGGCAGCAAUCGAAAGGCGGAUUUACUUUGUUGGUGAUAGGAGAGGUCCGUCGAUUCGUUUUUGCUGUUUUGAUCACUUGAGUGACACUUGGCUUCCACUUCAGAACAUGAGAUUUGCACACCAAAAUCCGGCCGUGUGUUCCUUCCGAGGACAGAUCUACGUGGUUAGCAACAUUGGCGGUGAAGCUUUUGACCCCGUCACCAACUCUUGGACGGUAAUCCCUCGUCCUGAAAUCUUAGUCUCUAGACGUGGUAGAUACAUUCACAUGGUGGUAUACCAAGAACAGCUUCACAUGUGGGUGUAUGAUUCACUUGAUACGUUCACAUGUUAUGUCUACGACGAGMAGACAUGGAAUCGUAGGCSUAUGGGAUCACCUUUGCAGAUGAACUCUCCUUUGGAUAUGAACUCUGGCGUAGGCUUUAGGUCUUGUGUUCUAAACGGAACCCUUUUCUUCUUCGGACUAGUGUCUUGGUCGUGGUUUGAUGCAGAACUUGCAGUAUGGAAGUAUGUGAAGGGGCUUAAAAAACUGAAGAGGCAGCUUAAGACGGAAGGWCUGACGAUUGAAGCUAACACGGGGGGUACUUUGGUUGUUGAAGCCCUCAACAUUCGCGGGGAAUUGCAUUUGCUUUGGAUCGUGCGUGGCCCUGGAAACGAGGCUGGUAAUGUGCUGAGGACCGCGGUGGUGUCUUUCAAACGUGUCGGUAACAACAUGCUGGGAASCAUAAUGUCUCGCAGAGACUUGUGCCGAGUCCAGUGCCAAGUCGUGGGCGUCCCAUUCUCUCCAGUCCGGUUCCAAACCGUGACCUUUUGA